UGCUGACAGGGAGCGACUCUCACACCGCGUAAAAGUGCUGAAAUUUCUGCUGCGCAACAACACAUUCUGACCUUCCGCACCGAGCUGCGAGCUCUUACUGACCAGCAGACCAGCAUGUCGAUGACCGUGAAGGCUUAUCUCCUGGGGAAGGAGGAAUCCCAUAAAGAGAUUCGGCGCUUCGCUGUGGAUCAGGGGGUCACCACAAGUUUUGAGUACCUGAGCCGCAGAGUUGCGGAUGUUUUCUCCAACCUGCGCAACGGCUGCUUCCAAAUGUACUACAAGGACGAGGAUGGUGACAUGAUCGCCUUCUCCUCUGAUGAUGAACUCAUGAUGGGACUGUCGCUGAUAAAGGACGACACCUUCCGCAUCUUCAUCAAGGAGAAAAAGGAGGACAAACAUCAUGGGGCGCAAGGAUUCUUUCCUCCUCCUCUAGGACCACACCACAGGGGCCCCCUAGGGCCCCCUCCUAUGGGUCCACCACCCCAUAUGGGACCACCUCAUCACCCCCCCAUGGUUCACCCUGGCGUGACCUGCGAUGGAUGUGAGGGCCAGGUCGUUGGGACCCGCUUCAAGUGCACCGUCUGCCCCAAUUAUGACCUUUGCUCCACCUGCCAGGCCAAGGGUCUGCACAAGGAGCAUGCCCUCCUGCCCAUCUUCCACCCCAUGGCCAACAUGUUUGAUCAAUGGUUCCCUCGUGGCAAGAUCUGGCGCAAGAUGAGGCACUGCAUGUGGGCCGGGGCUCAGAACUACGCCCAGGCUCAGAACUGUGCCCAGCCCGGACCAUCGGGUGCCCAGCCCGGACCAUCGUGUGCCCAGGCCAACUCGCAGCAGGCCGACUCACAGGAAGGCCAGGCUCAGAACGGAGCUGAUGCAGCUGACCAGACCAACAUGGAGUACCUGAAGAACAUUGGAGAGGGCGUGGCUGCCUUGCUUAGCCCCCUUGGCAUCGACGUGGACAUUGAUGUAGAGCAUGCUGGUCAAAGGGCAAAAGUGACACCUACUCCUCCUGCCUCAAGUGGACCCCCUAGUGGUCGGAGUGAUGGUGACCCAGCCGGCCCAUCCAAAGGGGAAGACGGAGGACCAAUGAGCUCAGUAGAGAACAAUGAGAACAGUAUGGGGAGUGCCGACAGAGGAGCCAAAGAUCAGAGGGACCAGAAUACCGAUGAAGAAUGGACCCAUCUGAGCUCAAAGGAAGUGGAUCCAUCCACCGGUGAGCUGCAGUCACUCAGGAUGGAGGUGGACGGCGCAAAUCUGGAAGCUGAUGGAAGCCCCAGCAGCUCCACUGCUAACCAAGGUCCGACCGGUUUACGCGAGGCUGCGCUCUACCCACACCUGCCCCGAGAUGCAGAUCCUCAGCUGGUGGAAUCCCUCUCCCAGAUGCUCUCCAUGGGCUUCACAGAUGACGGCGGCUGGCUGACCAGGCUCCUCCAAACCAAGAACUACGACAUAGGAACCGCGCUGGACACCAUCCAGUACGCCAAACCACCAGGCCCACAGCAGUGAAGCAUCAGCAAGGGCUCACAAACACCGGGGUUACAUUUAAUCACUUACAACCCCGUGCUAAUCUAUAGCAAUCUGCCAACUCUGCCUUUCUAAAAAUAUAUAACAAGUUUCUUUCAUACUGCUGACGGCAACUUACUCAGGCAUUUAAAAGACCAGUUAGCACAUGCUCCAUUUUAU